GGUUUUGUCUCGUGGCUGGCUUUCUUAUUUUACUCCCGUCCGAUGGGGUGGGACGAGUGCUCGCGUCGGCCGCGCGUCGAAUUUUCUGAUUGUCGCAUGCUCGCUCCCGGCUUCGGGCCUGGGCCUUGAAGACGAAGACGGAGGUCGACAGAAGAGGAUUCAUGGGCUCUUGUGGAGCUGCGGAGAGUGCCUGCUCAUCUGAGGGGGAGACUGGUUUAGAGCAUGAUCAUGGGGACGACAUGUUAACUGUUCCCCUUUUGAACGGAAAUUCCAGGAAUUUGGACGAACCUGCAUCUGUUCUAAAGAGUCGUGACAAUCCUCCGCUUGAUCGCAGUAUGGAUGGCCUAAAUUGGAAUCAAGGUGGCGGUACCAGGUCUAGAGCACAAGGUUGCACAGACGACCCCAGCAGGGAUACUGAUGGACAAGGCUCCAAAAUUCGCACGAAUUUGAAAGAUUGCGAAGAUGAAAAACUGAGAGCCUUAGAACGUUGCAUUGCAGCUGCCACCAAAGGAUUUGUUAUCGGAGCAGGCUUACGUGGUGGUCUUGGUCUUUUUGCAAUCCUCUCCCGUUUGAGGAGAAAGAAGACGCGGUCAAGUAUUCUACACAAGUCCAACGCUGACGCAGUUGUGCUGGCUUUGAAAGAGACUCUCCGCUAUGGUCUGUUCCUAGGCACGUUUGCCGGUGGUUUCUGCUCCGUCGACGAGGCUAUUGCAACCCUUGGUGGUCGUGAACGGUGGGUUCUUAUGACUUUAUAUUACCAAUCAGGAGGAUCGGUUUGAACAGAAAUUAUUUUCUGUUUCUUCCUGGUUAAUAGAAGGAGCAAAUAGAAAGCGUGUAGCUGGAGCUUGUAUUACAUCAUGUUUUUGGGGAUAGGGAUGUCAAGCAGAAAAUGUCAAGAUACUUCUUUUUCCGCUUAUCACUUAGAUGAGAUUGUUGCGGGAGGACUUCAAUCUUCAUUGUGAUAGGCAGAAUGCGCUUCACCUUGCUAAAAAUUGUGAUG